GCACCGCCUUCAGCAACUGGUGGCUGGGCUUCUGGCUGGACAAGGCCUCGGAGAUGACCUGUGGGCCGCAGACCAGCAACGGCCCGUGUGAGAUUGGCACUGUGCUGGCUGACACCGGGCACGGCGUGUACCAGUGGGUGUACGCAAGCAGCAUGGCGUCCGUGCUGGCGUUCGGCAUCACCAAGGGCUUCACCUUCACCAAGACCACCCUGAUGGCGUCCUCCUCGCUGCACGACCGCAUGUUUGACAAGAUCUCGCAGAGCCCGAUGAGCUUCUUCGACAUGACGCCCAGCGGCCGGCUCAUGAACCAGUUCUCCAAGGACAUGGACGAGCUGGACGUGAGGCUGCCCUUCCACACGGAGAGCUUCCUGCAGCAGAUCGCCCUCGUGGCCUUCAUCCUCGUGGUCCUGGCCGCCGUGUUCCCCGCCGUCCUCCUGGUGCUGGCCGGCCUCGCCGUGGGCUUCCUGGUGCUUCUAUGCGUCUUCUACAGAGGGGUCCAGGAGAUCAAGAAGGUGGAGAAUGUGAGCCGCUCCCCCUGGUUCUCACACAUCACCUCGUCCAUGCAAGGCCUGGGCAUCAUCCACGCCUACGACAGGCGGGAGGACUGCAUCACCAAGUUUAAGAUGCUCAAUGACGAGAACUCCAGCCACCUCCUGUACUUCAACUGCGCCCUACGCUGGUUCGCCCUGAGGAUGGACGUCCUCAUGAACAUCGUCACCUUCGUCGUGGCCCUGAUGGUGACCCUGGGUUUCUUCUCUGUCAGCGCCGCGUCCAAAGGCUUGUCGUUGUCCUACAUCAUCCAGCUCAGCGGGCUGCUGCAGGUGUGCGUGCGCACGGGGACCGAGACCCAGGCCAAGUUCACCUCCGUGGAGCUACUCCGGGCGUACAUCUCGACCUGUGCUCCUGAAAGCGCCCAGCCCCUCCCAGCGGGACCCUGUCCCCAGGACUGGCCCAGCCGCGGGGAGAUCACGUUCCGAGACUAUCGGAUGCGGUACAGGGACGGCACGCCCCUCGUCCUCGACGGGCUUGACCUGCACAUCCGGAGCGGGCAGACGGUGGGCAUCGUGGGAAGAACAGGCUCUGGGAAGUCGUCACUGGGAAUGGCCCUGUUCCGCCUGGUGGAGCCAGCGGGCGGCACCAUCCUCAUCGACGGGGUGGACAUCCGCUCGGUGGGGCUGGAGGACCUCAGGACCAGGCUGACGGCCAUCCCCCAGGACCCCGUGCUGUUUGUUCAACCUGGACCCCUUCGAGAGGCACACGGACGAGAUGCUCUGGCAGGUGCUGGAGCGAACGUUCAUCACACGGGCCUGGCUGCCGCCCGCGGGCUGGGCCGCCGCCGCCUCUAG